CUCACCUCUCCGCCCUCUGCUUUCAGAACCAUCAAUCUUCCACCAUUCUCUUGGAAGAAGAAGAUGGCUCCUCCCUGAUUGAUGACUCAACAAGCCAAUGGUCAGCCACAAUGGACAGUGAAGAGGACAGGAGGAGUGCCUUAGAGAAGAGCAUAUAUGUGCUGACAGAGCUGAUAGAGACAGAGAAGAUGUAUGUUGACGACCUGGGAUUCAUAGUGGAGGGCUACAUGGCCAGCAUGGCCAGUCAGGGGAUCCCAGAAGACAUGAAGGGCAAAGACAAGAUAGUGUUCGGGAACAUUCACCAGAUCUAUGACUGGCAUAAAGACUAUCUUCUGGGGGAGCUGGAGAAGUGUGUGGCUGAGCCCAACAGACUGGCCCAACUCUUCAUCAAGCAUGAGCGGCGUCUCCACAUGUACGUAGUGUACUGUCAGAACAAGCCCAAGUCAGAGCACAUUGUCUCAGAGUAUAUCGAGACCUAUUUUGAGGAGCUGAGGCAGCAGCUGGGCCACAGACUACAACUCAACGACCUGCUUAUCAAACCAGUACAGAGGAUCAUGAAAUACCAACUACUGCUCAAGGACUUCCUGAAGUACUACACCAAAGCAGGAAGGGAUACCUCAGAGCUGGAGAGAGCGGUGGAGGUGAUGUGUUUCGUGCCCAAGCGAUGUAAUGAUAUGAUGAACGUGGGCAGACUGCAGGGCUUUGAGGGGAAGAUCACAGCCCAGGGGAAACUGCUCCAGCAGGACACCUUUACAGUUAGUGAGCAGGACAGCAGCUUCCUGUCCCGUGCCAAAGAGAGGCGGGUCUUCCUGUUCGAACAGCUGGUCAUUAUCAGUGAACCAAUUGAUAGGAAGAAGGGCUUCUCUCUGCCAGGGUACACCUUUAAAAACAGCAUCAAGCUCAGUUGUCUGGGUGUGGAGGACCACUGUGAGGAGGACCCAUGUCGUCUGGUCCUGACGUCCCGCGGGCCUGAUGGGAGCGUGGCACGCUUCGUUCUGCAGGCCUCGUCCCAGGAGACUCGGAGGGCCUGGGUCAACGACGUUGUCCAGAUCCUGGAGACCCAGAGGAACUUCCUCAACGCUCUCCAGUCUCCUAUAGAGUACCAGCGCAGGGAGAGCAAGUCCAACAGCCUGAGAGGAGCCAUGAAUGCUCCCGUUGCACCGACCUCUGGCCUGCGACCCCACUCCUCUGCCUCCAUUGACCGCCAACGGCUACCCAACCUGCGUUCUUACAAUACCUCCCUGCCCUCCCUCCACCUGCCCAGCCAGCCCCCUGCAGACACACAGUCCCCGCUGUAUCUUAGCCCUGCGACACCCUGUCCCUCCCAUCUCCCUCUGACCAGCCCUCAACAGCUCAGCAAUGGCCUGCGCCCCCCUGCCCAGCACAUCUUGCAGGGGGGUACUGACAGAUACCAUGGACCCAUGCCGGGGGAGGGAGGAGAUUAUGCAUCAAAUCACUCUGGCAACCAUGAUCAGCUGACAGAUCUCUCUCUGCAUGAGCAUGAGUGCUGAUGAUGUGUGAUGACCUUUGGCCUCACAUACUGAAUGAGGGGGUGUAUGGUGAAGCUGCCCCUAGAUGCUGAUAUUAGUUUAGUUUUGCAUUAUCCCCAGUAAUGGCUAAGGUUCGGUUUGGGCGAUGGGGAAGCUGAUCCUAGAUCUGUGCCUAGAGGAGACUUCACCCUGGAGUUAAUGAGGGGCAGGCUGAGAGACCCCUGGCUAGCCUGGCUCUACUCCACGGAGGACAGGCAGGGGGCCUGGGGCGGGAUCACUCCUUGUGAUUACCCUAAUAUUGCUAUAUUACUAUUACUAUGGUAUCUCUAGCUUGUAAUAAGGAUUAUUUUGUGUGUAUUUCUGUCAUUAUAUUAUAUUUUCUACUAUUUUGAAACCUCUACUUACUAUUGUGAUGUCAGAAGUGAAGCAGAAUUGCAGCCCUCUAUGGUGUUUCUGUGAGAGAAAUGGAAAAGUAACCAGUGGUCUCUGAUGUUGACAGUGUGUUUGUGUGCCCAUGUUGGUAUGUAUGUGUGACUGGUACAUUGCAUCUGUGAUGCGAUGGUAGCUGUUCACAUUGCAAAUGGUUUCUACAGUACAGUACCCCUAAGUUUGUCACGAGUUUAUACAUGAUUGAACUUCAUAUGGUGACAUUUUUAACACAAUUUGGUUUCAUAAAGAAAUGAUAGACAUUUGGGACCGCUUCUUAAGUCGCCAACUCUUUACUGUUGCUUUAAUCUUAAACAGGCGAACCAUAUUACCAUUAUGCUACUGCUACGUGUGACAGCUUCUAUCACUUUGUACAAGAAGGGAAGCAAAGACUAGUGGGCGAUAAUGGCAUGUCUAUUCUCUGUCUCUCUUUUUAUAUAGCUUACCAGUACGCUCCUAUCCUGAGUUCAUCCUCAUCACUAUGUCAUGAAGCAGCCUUUGGGUCAAGAGUGUUGACAUACAGCAAUGACAUUGUGGUCCUUGUACAGUUUUGAAAUUUGAUUGUGGGACGGAAUUUGUCUAGGAGUUGAGCAGCUGCAGUCAUGAUUGUCUACUCUAUGCAUACCGAGCAGCACAGUAAUAAUUGAUACGUUUUCCUUCAUUUUAGCGGCUACUUUAACACCGCCAUUGUUCCAACGUUAUCUGAAGAAAACACACGGAAACUCACACAAAGCCCACUCAUAGCUGAAGGAGAGAGAGGAAAAGGGAACAAAGUUCAAGGGGUCAUACAUCUGUCAAUGUCAUUAUGAAUGUAAAUAAUAUUCUGUGGGACCAUAUCAAUAAAAACAAAAUGCAACACUG